CACGAUGAAGCACAACAUGAGCUGGAGAGUCAUUUUGUCCUGCGGCUGCCAAAAGAAUAUGCCUCAACGAUAAAACGGAUUACCCAAUCUAGCAGCAUGAACCUCAAAGACAGACUGGUAGUUAAUGGUCACCAUGGCAACGUGAGAAGGGAUCGCAUCCUACUGGUGGAUCUGUCCUGCAUCCUGGAGUCUCUGAAAACGGUCUUCUAGAAGACUGCUGACAUCUGUCAGAUGCUGGUGUGCACUUUGGACGGAGACCUCUACCCUCCCCUGGAGGAGCCCACUGGUACUGUAGACCCCAAGAAGAAGAAGGUCAAAGACGAGGUCAAGAGCUUUGUGUGGAACCAUGGCACCACCUGUCCUCUGAAGAACACAAGGAAGAGAAGAUUCAAGAAGAUAUAAAAAAAAAAGUACAUCGAGUCUCCCGACGUGGAGAAGGUAAAGAGAUUGCUAAGCACUGACGCAGAGGCCGUUAGUGUCCGCUGGGAGGUGAUAGCUGAGGAUGAGACCAAGGAGGCAGACAACAAAGGCUGUCUGGUCAACCUGGACUCAGCAGAUGGGGCAUGGCUCCUCUGUACGUACAUGAUGGAGUACCAGGUGCAGGUAGACGGUGUGAAGGCCAAGCUGAAGGAGAUGGGCGCCAGCAAGAAACAACAGGAGGACCUCAUCAUGAAGGUGGAGAACCAGGUGCUGAAAAACUGCUAUCAGGCUCUGCUCAAUUAAAUCAUUCAUCAGGAGGAGCGUCUGCUCCAACAGCUGGCCUCGCUUCAGGAGCAGCUGGACUCACUGAUCGAGAAGUGACCCAAGUGACCACCAGGGGGCAGCCAAGCGUCAAAUGGGUGCUGUGAGACCGGCUGGGGAAUAGAGAAGAAGCAUCUGCCACCACUGAAAGAGCACUCCUCCUUUACAUACAGUUUCAUUCCAUUAUAUAUUUUCCCUUUUGCCUCCAGACAUCAUGGACUUGUUGGAGGACUCGUGUUUCCUGUUUUUGUAUUCUUCCUAUUUUAUUUAAUAGGUUGGUAGAUCUCUGUAAAUAAACUCUUUGUUAAGCC